CCUCGACGUAUAUCAUGAUCCCGUACUAAGUAAACAAACAUGGUAAACGGCAGUUGCAUGUUCCCGACAACCCCUAACCAAACACAUGCAGACGGAAUUGUUCCAGAAGGAAGGACACACGGCCCACGGCCGGUCCGGCCGGCGGCGCCGCUGGAUGGACCCACAACCAGCCGGGAAGGAGCCCGUGGGUCGAUAUGGAGUACCGGUAUCCUCCAAAGUGGAGCCACCUGCUAAGGGAAUAAUGACGUUUUGCUG